UCCUCUCUCCACACCCGACCACCAGGGGGACCCUCCGUUCUCGCAGGCCCCAUUCCUCCCCUUCGCCUUCCUUUGCGCGGGCACAGGCUCGGCACACCUUCCGCGCGACGCUUACGCACAGACACCUUGCCCAGGGGCAUAGCGGUAACCACCGGCGAGCUACAAGCCAGCAAGAGACAAAGCAGCAAUCAUGGCACGGGUAGUGAGAGGCAUCAACAUCGACAGUCUUGAUGACGAGUUCAAGUUGAUGGAAAUCCUUGACUCAACAGAGGACUUCGAAGAGCGUAAAGUGGUCCGUUCCAGGCUUCAGGAGGUGAAGGCAGUAAACAAAGCCAAGCGUGAAGCCCUGGUUCGCAACCGUGAGCAGGAGCGUGAGAACGCCAUCCGGCAGCGGCAGCAGGAAGCCGCUGAGCAAAAGCAACGCACACUCGCCAUGUACGACAAGAUGGCCAAGACCGGCAAGCUGGACACCACGCUGUACAAGGAAGGCGUGGAGUCUACAGAAGACGACGAGUCUGGCAAGGUGGACCUCGUGGAGGAUGCCAUCAAGCAGAGGCAGCGGGAGGCCGAUCUGCGCAAGAAGCGCAUCAUGGCCGCCUACGACGCAGCGGCCAAGUCCGGCCCCGCCGGCGUAGUCAAGACCGUGGACUUCGACUCCUUCAAGAAGGCCGACGUGUCAUCGUUCGAAGUUCCCAAGCCCACCGGCGCCGCCACAGGUUCGUCUACAUUCUGUGCAGCAGGCGGAGUGCCAAAGAUCGUCAAAGACGCCCCCAAGAAUGCGUUCGCCAAGUUCCAGCAGAUGGAUUCCGCUACCGCGCCGGCAAGACCCACCUUCAGCGUUCCGGUUCGUGGAGCAGCGACGACGCGAAGUGCAAGCGACAUCAAGGAGAUGCUGCUGAACUGGUGCAAAAGCAAGACCAAGGGAUACGAGCACGUGGACAUCACGAACUUCUCGACGAGCUGGAAUGACGGUAUGGCGUUCUGCGCCCUCAUCCACCACUUCUACCCGGAUGCCUUCGACUACGAUAAGCUGGAGCCCAAGAACCGCAGGCACAACUUCGACCUCGCCUUCCGCACAGCCGAGGAGCAGGCUGGAAUAUCGCCGUUGCUCGAUACGGAGGACAUGGUGCUGAUGAAGAAGCCUGACUGGAAGUGCGUCUUCACCUACGUGCAGAGCCUGUACCGCAACCUCGUCAACAAGGACUGACCCCGUCGUAGCACCGACGUCAUACACAUAUCUAGUCUUUUAAUGUUGUAUGUUCAACGGAAAAAAGAAAGAAACAAAGUACACUGCGCGUUCACGAGUGUACAGUAUACCAUCGCACUUGCUCGAUGCACAAGGAUUCGUGCGUUUCUUUGAAGGGCGUCACUCCAGAGAUGGGCAUUGUCGUUAUAUAUAUAUAUAUAUAUAUAUAUAUAUAUAUAUAUAUAUAAACACGAGACAUUUAUACGUGUUUCGAUAUGCUUGCUAAACAAGUCAUCUAUACAAGACUCGUAUCUAACAGCAAUGAGAUUGUGAAGCGCGGUUGAUGAACUUCAUUUUGAAUUCUAUCUGAUGUAAACAAUUUAGCAGCAGUUGCUCCUGUUCUAGUCGGUUCAUAGUUAAUUGCAAGUGGCGCGAGCAAGUCGAUCCCGAGCAUUAUAGACACGUUGUCACACAACAAACAGUAGCGUUUGUCCUGUCCAUUGCGUGUGAUGUAGUUCUGUUUGCGCUGCUUGCAAAGUCUUAAAGUUUAAGGGACGGUUAGUGGACUUAAGUUAGGCUAUACAGACAUAUGAUACAUCUUGAAUUUCAAUAGGCUAGUGUUGCAGCCAGUCAAAGCUUCAUGAGCUAUAAGAGACGCGAAAUAAGAAAGACAAGCGGCGACGCCAUCUAGGCCUUCCCGCAACAGCUCUCAAUGACGUCAUGGAUUUUGACAUCUGUUCUGAGUUUAUAAGUAUAGACAAUAUGUAGAUUGCACUCGAUAAAAACUCUUCCUGGGCAACUUUACGACCUUUUUUAAAACAAAAGCCCCGGUCUAAACACUCGAAAAUUCAACAACAUUCGCGAUCUCAUGCUGACGUCAUGGCCGCGGCAGUCUGGGCGUGACGAAAACUUUGCCCACUGUCUCCGCUAAUAAACGCCCUCUUUCCGCCCACGAAAAGCAAGCGGAGCAUUGAAAUAAUAAUGCUACCAGUCUAAACGUACUUAAUAGAGAGCUUUAUCGUGUCCGGUAUUCCGCUAAACUGGAAGCGGACUGGGCGUUUUGCCGGAUGGGCGAGCAGGCGCUAACGUGAAUGGCCUGCACGGAGCAGCCAUCUUGUGGCGCAGCGCUCAACCGAAGACAGAGCUAAUAUCGCCAUAAACAAAUGUGUUCGACUUCACUGCUGGUGUAAAUUUUCGGCAGCGGCGAAAAUAUAUUCAUUAGCAAAGUAACAGCAAAAUCGAGAAAGAGGCUAACAAAUGGAGCAGUACAUUGUAGUAUAAAGGUUAUAAACAGGAAUAUAUAACGUAACUCAAAAAGGCCGGCCAACGUUUCGAUAGGAAGGCCCCCGCUCACCCGGUAUACCGCCCGAUCUGCCUGCGUUUAGCGGAAUACCGGACACGCUGAUACUCUCUAACCUAAGCAUCCCUUUAAGAUAUGCAAAGAAGCGUGAUUUGUCAAUGUCAGUAUGCGAGUUACGUGUUGUCUUUCCGGACGACUUUUACUUCGGCAAGAUUUCUGAUUUCACAAAUGUCGACGUAUUGGUCAAGCUGUGAAAUUAAGAACGUGAUCAAACUCUGUUGUAGCACCGUUGUUAAAUUUUUAACUGAUUGUAUUGCGACCGCAAGAAUUGUGACGAUAGCAUGAAACAGCUCGAUAGCACUCCAAAGAAUUAUGUUUGGUUCCCUAGUGGUGCAGGUAUACAUUCCUGUGGAGGCAAAUGGCCGACGGGGUGCGUGGCACCAAGUGAUAUAGGCUCACUAGGGCCUGUUGGCUCUCGAACAUAUCUCGUUGAGUUGGUAGAAUAGAAGCAUUGAAGUGAUGAAAAACAAUAUGCAACAAGCCAUUCUUUUCGCAAAAAGAGCCCUAUAUAGCGCGCCAUUGUUUUUACUAUUGAUUGAACAAUAAACGAGCUUUAAAUGUUGCAUUUAUGCACUUCCGAGAUGAAGCGGACUUUAAUGUUGAUCCUUACGCUUUACUACACGAGCUAAAUGAGACGCUGCAAGUCCUUUCAAAGAUUGUAAGCUUCUCGCACUUUUUGCGCACGCGAAGGUUAAUCGUAAUGUGAACGUAAAAAACGCGGCAGCGCGCAUCUGAAAUCUUCGCUUUCACAAGAACUUUCCUGCCCCCAAAGGAACAGUUGAAUAUACUGUAAAUUGUUGUCGCCAUAAGGUAAGCCAUAAUUACAGACGCCCUAAGGAUUUUUUUUUUCUUGAUGACGCGUUGCACCAGCUGGAAUAGAAUUGCGAUGGUGAGACUGGCGUGUAGUCUCACUCGAAGAAGACGGUCAGGCAUUCAUGCUCAGCACUCUAACAAAAUGGUCACCGGUUAAUUUGUUACAGAUUUGACAACUGUAGCAAGUGUACCUGUCAGCGGAUUCCAGUGUGGGGAGAAACACUGCAUUAGGAUGCCGGUAAAAAAUAUAGCAGUCUAAAUCUAUCAUGGCAGCUUUUCGUAACACUCGCAUUAGUUGUCUUUUCUCAUCACGGCGGUGACUAUUUAACGCACCUAUAUGCGUUCUGAUAUGUAGUUACAAUUUUGUGAGCCCCCUCCUGCCUCAGCCUCACCUCUUGACACUUUGCAGUCAUCUGCUGAUUCGAAUGGACAUAUUUGUGUGCGCAGUAGGCAGAGCGAGCAAGUAAGCAGCAGGCUUAUUAUAACAACCACAUAAUCAUCAAACCAUCACAGUUUAUAUCACGAACGCAAGCUGAACUCUUCCUAGCCAUUGCAAAAGAGUCGUUGCGAAUACGUCCACAGUAAAAUAUGGGCGAAGAGAUGAUGAGUAAUGGAGUGUGAAGAUUUCUUCUUUGUUUUAUCAAUCGAUUUUUUGUGUGUGUGGUUGUUUGUUUGCUGUAUCAUAUAGACACACGCUAUACCUUUGCGUCGUGCAGGUCUUCUAGCGCUCGAUAACGCAUUAGCCUGUAUACGCCUGAGAAAAUAUUGAUGGCCCUCACGCUUUCAGCAUUGCACCCUCAUUCGCUGUAUAGUGGAAUCUUUUGUAAGCUGAAUAAAACAAGCUAU